AUGUCUGCUCAAAUGCCCGGAGUACAAUUGGCAAGGACGGUCACUUCGGCUGCAGCGCUUGGGUUCGUGCCAGUGGCCAUCAAGUUCGGCUUGUUCGACCUUUUGGUCGAGAUUGAGAAACCUGCCCACAGGAAAGAAGUCCUCAUGGCGUACGAAAAGUCUGUGGGCAGUGAUAGGAAAAGCAUGCCGUGUCUCCAGUUGAUCGACGAUGCCUUGUACGCCAUGGCGGGACUCGGCUUUGUGGACAUGACAGUUGAUUGCGUUUACUCCGCCAACGACAUUACCCGGCAUUUAGUGCACACACCUUCGGCUCAGCACGGAGCAUUGCACUUCACGACGGAAGCUCUCUUGGCCGGUGCAUUUCUCAUGCGCCGACUGGAGAGUGGCGGCUAUCGAUAUCCAUUUGAGGAGCUCCACACACCAUUGCAGUUUGCAUACCACGAGAUGGGCAAUGACGAGCUCGCGCAACAGCAUACCUAUGAUAUUAUGGCAGCCGAAGGACGAAUAGACAGCUUCAAUCGCUUCAUGGUGGGCAAAUUCAUGAAGACCGCCACCGCUCCGGAGCGUCUGGCGCGGUUUGAAUAUCACCUCGACCCAGUUCUCCAGGACGCCAAGUCUCGCCGCGUCAUCGCGAUGGUUGACAUCGGUGGCGGCCGCGGGGAAAUGAUGCUAGAAUUCAAACAGGCCUUUCCCGACUUGAGCGACAAGGAUCUGGUGGUCCAGGAGUUCAACCAUGAAAUCCGCGAAAUCCCGGGCCUUACGCUCUCCACAUGGAACUACAAGGAAAAUGACAGUGAACAGCCGAUCCAGGGGGCAGGAGUCUAUCACCUGGCACAUAUUUUGCACAAUCUGCCUGACCUGGAUGCGGCACGCCUACUGCAAAAGCUCUCGCAGGCCAUGCACCCACAAUCGCGCCUACUGAUCCACGAGUUCACUAAGAAUGCCAACAAUGCGAAAAUGCAUGCCAGUAUGAUUGCGUUGUUUGGGGGGCGAGAGAGAAGUGCGAGCGAGUGGCGCCAGCUGGCAGCGUUGGCAGGUCUCAGGGUCACCUUUGAGGCCUACCCUGAGGGAGGGGAGGGGCUUGUGGAGAUGAGAAAGCUUUGA